ACGAGCUCUCUCGCCCCUGCCACCCUGCUUUCCCUGUGCCACUUCGCUCCGGAGAGCUCGCCGCCUCCUCAUCCUCCACCCCUCGCACCCUGCUGCCCAGUCCCGGAGGAGCGGUGCCACAGAUGGAGCGCCUGAGGAUGGUUCUGACGCCGGCUCUCCGCUCAAGCUGCAGCGCUCGGCUCAUACCGAAGCGCCCCAUGUGCUCUGGGGGUGGCCGCGUCGUUUCUCAGGGGAAGGAGGCUGGUUGUGUCGUGUCUCAGGGGAAGGAGGCGACCGGCGAUUACCGAAUCUUUUCGCUGAAUAAUAUCUGGAAAACCUCCCUAUGUUUCCUUGGUGGCGCCGCAAUGGGACUGUGCGUGUCCAACCCCAAUGUUGCCGCAAAGGAGAAAAACAGGAGGCGGGAUCGCGAGGAGGCCACCGAGCGCCACAAUCAUGAAAUGGAGCGCCACAAGCGUGAAAAUGAGCUCUGCAAUCGUGUCCACCAAGCUGAGAUGGCAGCAAGCAAGGCUUUGUGGGAGCUAACUCGGUCCCAGAUGAAGGUCGUGACCCUGGAAGUGAAGGUGAUGAUCCUGGAGUUGAAAGUCAAGGAGCUAGUGGCAGCAGCGGGGACGGCCAAUGCUGCUGCAGACAAGAACGAGUGAUGUGACAAGUGGCUUUGAGGCUAGCUUGGCAUGAGAGUGAGGAAUGACUAUCUGAAACUGUUAGCAAUUUGUCAUAUGAUUGGACCAAAUCUAUCCAGUUGAUGGUUUCACCUUUUGGCUUCUCCCUUGCCGGCAUGGCUUAGUUUAUGAUGUGGUGGAUGUCAAAUUAGGAAGUGUGCUAUCUUGGUCAUGGUUAAAACAUGCUGUUCUAAGAAUGUCCCAACUGAUAUUUCCACUGUUAUGUUUAUGCAUGAUGUUUUUCUAUUUC